AUGAUCUUAUUAGCACUUUCUUCAGCACCAAUACUUUCCAAGGAGUUAAGCAACACCCAAAAGAGCCUAUACUAUACUUCCUUGCCCCUCCUAGCCAUUGGAUAUGCCGGGCAUGCAGCUUCUUACCAAAGGUCAUUGGAGUCCCAAAUUGACAAGAAAGUCACUUAUCAAGAGCUGUGGAAUAACAUCAAAGAGGGAGUAAAGAUUAUGGCUGUAAUUAUUUGUGAUUACAGACUCAUGAUAAAGUCUUAUAAAUUUAUUGGUGGCAUCACCACUUUUGUCCUCUCGCAUGUUGGUGGUUUUGCAAUUCAAUUCGUGAAAUCAUGGGCACUUCGUUUUGGCGUUGCCACUAUCUUUGUCACCGUAUCUACGCUUUUUUACUUGACAGGGAUUGGUUCUUAUAGAAAGGGCACUCCAAGUGGAAGCCCUAUCACAACGUUCUUUAGAGUCAUGGUGGCAUCUUGUUCCAAAAGAUCCUUAACCCUACCAAGAGAUGCAAAUGAGCUUUAUCAUGAAAAUGUAGUUCCCGCUAUGUCUCAUUCUAAUCGCCUCAGGUGCCUAGACAGGGCUGCCAUUAUAGUUCCCAACACAACCCUAGAAGAACAAAAACUUAACAGAUGGAAACUCUGCAGUGUAACUGAAGUAGAAGAAGCUAAGGUCAUUUUUCUCAUGAUACCGUUGUGGAUGAAUUUCGCAAUGUGUGGGGUUGUUACUUCCAUUGGAAGCACUUACUUUAUGGAGCAAGGAAACCGAAUGAACCCUUAUCUAGGAAAAUUGAAGCUCCCUCUUUUCACACUUCUGGUGUUUCACAAAUUGGUUGAGUCUUUGUUCUCCUUUCUCUGUGGCUUAGUGAGAGUGAGAGAUAAGGUACGUGAUAACCGAAGAAAAUAUGUGGCUCCAAUUGGAAUGGCCGUGGCGAUGCUAUGCUCCAUAUUGUGUUGCAUAACUGCAGCUGCAGUUGAGAGGAGGAGAUUAGAUGUUGUUAAAAGUCAUGGAUUAAUGGAUAAAACCAAAGACAAAGACAAGAUUCCUAUGACCAUGUUUUGGCUUAUUCCUCAAUAUGUUUUCCUCAGUGGCCUUAAUGGAAUAUCUAAUUACUGUUCUACACGUUUCUUCAAUGAUCAAGUUCCUGAGUCACUGAGUGAUUACUUGUUGGCUAUCUCACUUGGUGUAACUGGAGCAGGAAUCAUGGGGAGUGUUGUCACAGUUUAUGCAGUAGGCAAGGUCGCGGUUGCGGUCGCGGUUGCAGUUACUGCGGUUGCGGGUAUUGCGGGUAUUGCGAUGCGGAUUGCGGUUGUUGCGGUGUGA